AUGUGCUUGAUUCUGCUGGGCCACUUUGAUCAGGACUUGUACCUACCUUUGGGAGUCCAGAUACCCCUUCAGGACCUUCGUAAACUUCAGAAAGAACCUGACCUCAAGACACAAGGAUUCACUUAUGUUUUGCGUGAAUUUCCUUCAGAUGCUUUGCAUCUAGAUGCAUUUUCUGAUGGGUAUACAAAAUUAUUGGAAAGAGAUGCUAUAGCUCUGGUGAAAGAACUGAAAAAGAAGGCUAAUCUUCUUGCUCGACUUAGAACAAAUUCACACUUAGCAUUCUGUGUUUCACGUGGCCAUAGAGGCAAAGACCCAACCACAGCCUCAGAGAAGCCAACACGUGGAAUACACUCUGACAUGUCAUCAAUUGGGGCCAAAUUUAUCAAAGAGAACUUUAUAACCACAAGACUUAAAGCUUUGAAUGAUGCAAAAGCAAAUGAAUUUCUGGAGGAAAUGAGGCAGGGAAACCAUGUGGUGAUAUUGAAUGUAUGGAGACCAAUCCAACAGGUUGAACGUGAUCCUCUAGCCAUUUGUGAUUGGACAACAGUUUCAGAUGAAGAUCAUUUGGACUUUGGUCAUCAUCCCAUGGAAGCAGAUAAUGCAAUUCAAGCCUGGAGCUAUAACAAGAAACAAAGCUGGUAUUAUUUACCUCAACAACAACCAAAUGAGGUCUUUGUCUUUGUACAACAUGAUAGUGCAGCACCAGAUGGCCAUGGAAUGAAUGUACCACAUGCCUCUCCUGUAUUACUAGGCACACCUGAAGAUACAGAUCAUCGACUAAGCUAUGAUUUUAGAAUUGCAGCAAUUGUGGGUCCAGAGUUUGAGCUUGUUCAUAACAGUAAAAGUAAAAAUAAAAGAAAAAGAGAAAGCAAAGUCAGAAGUUUUUUUGAAAUCACAAAAUCAAUCUUCAGAAACCCAAUGAGAAGAAAGAACCCAGAUAUCAUAUGA